ACAAGGCCUAGCCCGGAUACGCGCCUUUCCCUGCCUGGACCGAGGGUCACCAUGGACAGUAAGAUGGCGGCUGCUACUAGGGUCGCUCAGGUAGUAAAGUCACAUACACCCUUGAUUAAGUUUCCAGAAAGAACAAAUAUUCCCAAACCUAGAAUGCAGGAAUCUUUCGAAUCAAGAGUGCCUCCACUCCAUCCUUCAGCCUCACAAAAAUCUAUAGGUCAGCCGCUGUCUUAUCAAAAUAUUCCAUCCAUUAGUAGAAUACAAGACACGCCAGAUACUUCAGAACUAUUACGCACAUUACCUACGACGUACUGGAGGAAAACUAUGUCAGUUGAAGAGAUGGAAUACAUCCAAUGUGGAGGUCCGGAAUAACACAGAAGACCAGACUGUUAGCUAAUGCUGAACAGCCAAUUGUUCUAUUCACAAUAAAGACCUUUAUAAUU